CUUCUCUCUCUUCCCUCUCACCUUCCCCUCACAUUUCCUCGUCCUUCCUCUUCUUCUUCUUCUUCUUCUUCUUCCUACUCUCUCUCUUUCUAUUCCUGGCAAAUUGUUAAUGGGUUCGACGUAACUCUUGAUCCUCAAGGACAGCCAUUGCAAGUUAACCUCACAAAAUCUUGAGUUGACCGAACUUUCUGGGCAUUCGCUCAAGCGCUUGAGCUCCGAGUCUCAUUUCCGUUUACCUGAGGGUCAUUGCCUGAAUGGCAGGAGCCAAGAGGCAAUUCUGAGCUAGGAGCACUAGUUCAAGUAUUACGGGAAAGAGGUCAUUGAAAAGCCCCAGGCUCCAUGAGAAGGACCAGUUGGGCUGCAUGUCUUGGGAUUUGAUGAACGUUCCUGAGCUUCUCCCUGGUCGGUUACAUAAGAAGCUGCUUGCAGAUGCGAGGCAUUCGGGUAGUCUGCAUGACCAUGCUUUGCAGAUGAUGUUCGUAUGAAAGGGAGACCUAAAUCACUUCACAUGUCGAACAAGAAGAGCCAAGUUGCUGGGGAUGAACAGGAUUACACAACUUCAGUUGUCAAGUUCAGAGAUGAACGUGCAAAUAAAACGAGGCAAAAGGAGAGGCUCCUGAACAAGCAGUUGAAGAGAGAGAAUGCUGAAGCAAAACAGGAUGAAAAACGUUUUCCCAAGACUCCACGUCACUCAUCCAAAAGCCUAGGGAAGACACACCGCAGGCAUCGACAAAAUGAUUCAAAUACAGGUUCUCCACGGAAACUUCCCCAUCCUAUGUUAGUGGAUGGACCUUCUCAGUCGACAUUCAGAGGACUAUUUUGCCAUCAGGUACAUCCCAGAGGCAGAGGAGAGAUUGGCUGUAGAGGCAUCAGCGUGGCAAAAAAAGAAGAAUUGAAGAAGAAGAAUGUCCAAUCCCUUCAUAGGAACAAAGUGGCGGAGGCACUUGUAAAUCAGAAGUUUGUCAAUGGUGGCCACUUUGGUAAUGAUCAGACAGACCGUAAGUCUAAGCAAUUCUCAGAAGCAUUGUACAUGCUGAAUUCCAACAAACAAUUGUUCUCUAAACUCCUGGAUGACCCAAACUCUGUAUUAGUGAAGCACAUUCAAGAAUUGCGGGACUCUCAGGGGAAAGAGCAAAAGUGUGAAAGAACUAUUGAUCCAAGGAUUCAAGAGAAAAGUACAGGUAUGCUUUCCUGGAAGAAGGUCAAGAGCUGGGGAAAACUCCUUCCCAAGAGAAGCAGUGAGGAGCUUUUUUCAAUAGUGGUUUUAAGGCCUGGACCACAAAGUGCAGGCAACAUCGAGAAAACCUGCUCCUCUUCGCAAACAAACAAUAGCAUAAGAAAUGAAAUCCCGACUGUUAGACAGUCGCACUUCCCGUUUCAAGGUUUGAGAAGGAAAAUGAGGAAUGCGACUGAGCUAAGCAGAGCAAAUAAGGGACUGACUUCUAAAUUUUUAGUUGAUUUUGAGAAGAAAGGUAAUGCAGGUGAGCACGAUGGUCUCUGCGCGAAAAUCGGACAUGAAUCUGCUACAACAGCUGGAGGUGCUCAUACAGAAAAUGACAGAGAUAACAAGGAAGGAAACUUCAAUAUGGCUGAAACUAGGACGCAUCUCUCUAAGCCAUUAAGUAAAGAUCUGUGUAAAAAAGUUAUUAAUGAGCAGUUCAUUAACACUACAAUGAGGUCACUCUCUUUGCCUGAGGAAGGCUUGUUGUCCUUCCUCAGUUCUGGGAGAACAGAAGAAGAGGGGUUUUUUGCUGCACAGACGAGGUUCAACUCCCACAGCAGCUAUCUAAACAAUCAGAACAGACUUGGGAAUCACAAGGAAAAUGAAAAUAAUGUUCCGAGUCCACCAAGGCCAAACGAUGAGGUCCCUAUGCUGAAUGAUCAUACUUGCAGGAAUCCUGAUGAUCCGUUUAAUCAUGCAAAAGCAAACCCAGAAAUUCAAGAGGAACUUCUUGAGACUGAAACGCAUGAAAUUGCCCCUUUCCCUGUGGAUUCAGGCUCCGAAGGUAUAUCUGUACCUUGCGAGCUUAGUCAAGCUCCUUCUAACCAGGUGCACCUUGGCAUUGCUGAAGUAUCUGUUAUUGCAGAAACAACAAAUAAUAUGCUCCCAAAUAGUGUCAAUCCUUUCAAAGAACCUGCAGCAUUGAAUAACAGGCUAUAUUGUUGUGCUAAUCAGAGCACCAGUGCAAGCGCAACAAUUGACCACCACAAAGGAGAAUGCUUACGUUGCUUUAAAUUGGAUUCACCUCUACAAAAUCAACCGGAAUUUUCAUCUGUGGGUGAUUCCUUAAUAAGAUCUAUAAAUGCCCAGAACUCAGAUAAUGUGAUUACUUCCAGAACUACUGUGAGCUUCGAUAGAGCCGUAUCUGAACUUGCUGAUUUACCGUCAAGGUCACCUGAAAUUGCUUUAGUGACGUCCCCAUUAGACUCCAAAUUUUCUACCAAUAAGGCUGAUGAGCUCAGACUCACAUCUGAGUAUGUGAGGUCACUUUUGACAGCUUCGGGUUUGAAGUGGGAUGAACUCCUGAUGAAGUUCCCUGAGUCGGAGCAAUUUCUUCCACCAUCUUUAUUUAGUGCAAUAGAGAUGCAGCCAGAUCAGUCUGGCAUCGAUCACACACUCCUCUUUGAUUAUGUUGAUGAAAUCCUCCAAGAAGUUGCAUACGAGUGGUAUUUCAGAUUUCUCAGACUGGAUACCAAAAUGGCUCCACCAGAUGAAAAUGUGGCUCAUGAGGCGAUCAAAUGGGUAGAUUGGAACCUUGUCUGCCAAACGAGGUUACAUACUUUGGAGCAGCUCGUUGAAGAGGACUUCACAAAGCCUCGAGUUUGGGUGGAUACUCGAAAGGAUGCUGAAGGCAUUGUGAACAGGAUGGUAGAGAGCAUCCUAGAGGAUAUAAUAGAGGAGGUGGAGUAGAAUUGCAAACAUGGAGGGGAUAUUCUGUGCCAAGGAUUAUAUGAUGAUCCGGAAUCCCGCAAAAAAGCAUCAGCCAUCAGUGAAUUUGCCUGUGGUUAUAUUUAUUGUUGCGUGAAAAAAUUAGAGAUGGACCAAGAAACUAGCAAGUUUUGUCGUAAAGCCAAGGAUUCAUCUGUGGCGCCGUCAAGGUCACCAAGAUUUGAUG